GCAGAGGAAGCGAGAUAGCAAUCAAACUCUCCGACAUGUCGCCGAUCGCCGUCCUAAUGAGCCUCCUGGCUUUCAGCCUGGCGUAUCCACAGCAUAACGGCCUACUGAAUCAAAGAAAGUAUGAUCUUGGCGGCAGAAUUGUUGGAGGGAAUGCAACAACUAUCGAGGAGUUCCCCUACAUGGUCUCCGUCAGGGAAAACUACGAGGGACUGUUCGAGUCCCACAUAUGUGGCGGCUCCAUCAUCUCCGAGAACUUCGUCGUGACUGCAGGUCACUGUUGCGCUGAUGAAGAUACUGCUUCCCUGGUCGUUCGUGUUGGAAGCACUAAAGCAAAAAUUGGAGAGAAACAUGAACUUUCCGAAAUCAUCUUGCAUCCUGAAUACAAACAAGUGGACAGAGUUCCUUACAACGACAUUUGUCUUCUGAAGGUGUCGAAGCCGUUCGUGUACAGCGACAGCAUCAAGGCCGUCGCACUGCCGCAAGCGAACUCCGAGGUUCCGGAGGGAACUCUGGCUGUGACGUCCGGCUGGGGCUCGACAUUCUACGAAGGCGACGUGGUGCAGGUGCUGCGAGAGGUGGCGGUGCCCAUCGUCUCCCAGGCCGCCUGCGUCAGCGAGUAUGGCAAGAACAUCCACGGCGACUACAUGGUGAACGACACCAUGAUCUGCGCCGGGUACCUGCAAGGAGGGAAGGACGCUUGCCAGGGCGACUCUGGCGGUCCUCUGACGGUGGGCGGCUCCCUGGUGGGGCUCGUGUCGUGGAGCGUUGGGUGCGCCGAGCCCAAGUACGCCACCGUCUUCACCAACGUCGCCCGCUUCCGCGACUGGGUCAAGUCCGAGGCCGGCGUCUGAGAUGCCGUCCAGGCAUUGUGGCCAACUUGUACACGUCCGCACCCACCACGCCAGUCCCGUGUACGCGUCACUAAUAACAUCCUGAGAUUCUAAUGGAUUUAAGCUUAAAAGACGCGCAUGGACUGACUUAACUAAUGGCAAGUGCGCAAAUAGCUGUACUAGCAUACUCAAAUAAAUUUAACGACAAUCCCGGAAACUCUACAGUUAUAGUCACAAUAAUGAGUUUAAAAACCAAUGAUCCUGAAAAUUAAAUUCUUUCCAAACAAUGUAUAGUCAUACCAAAAAAGGAAAUGGACCUUAUAAGCUAAACUCUAGGUGGCAUUUUAAAUUGCUAUAAUUGAAUUAACAGACAAACGACAUUUGGUUACAGACAAAAAUUACAGUAAAAUAAAUUCUAAACCAAAGUUACAAAAGUCUCUUACGAAGGAGGGGGGGGAUAAAAAUUAUGACGUUCUUCAGGCCUUAUAUUCCACAACGCUAAAUCCAGUCGCCGCACUAUGUUUUCAAAAACAUAUCUUCUUUAAACCAGGCUUCAUACCAGCGGGGGAAAUAAAGUACUAAAAUCCAGUCGUGUCACUUACUUGGUGCUGAAGCAUACCUUUGAUGCAGUAGACUAUCGGGGCCGGGCAAAAACCCGACUCACUAUUGCGCUACUAGCAGCGCGAUGCUUCUGUGUUUUGUCACCUGCCCCACACCGUCGCGCGCUCGCGUAACACCGCGUUUUUUGUUUUGCGAAACUAGCCAUGGCAUUACCGUCACUGGAAGUGAAGUAGUGAUAACAAAAACUUACCAUCCCAAGCGCCGAGCCGUACGAAUUUCCACCUUUCAUAAAAUCCAUUUAAAUAACAUUGAAUGCAGCAAACCAAAGCAAUUUUCGAUGAUUACAGACUAUUGCUGUUAACUCUCGUUCACGUAAGGAACCAAAAGGCAAGUCCCCCAUGGCUGGGAUCCGAGUUCGCACGGGCUAACACUGCGUACUUCAAGAGCCGUGCCGCAAAACGAGGUCCGUCGCGACCGGCGGUCAAACACACAGUCCAGACAAUCCGCUGGGAGCGGAAUCACACUCGUCACGUCACCUGAAGUCACGCCCCCUCCUCUCUACCACCCCUCACUCCACUAGAUAGUUCUCGUUAAUUCUCGUAAGUACCGCUACACAUUAAGAAUAAUUAACGUAAAAUAAACAAAAUCUAAUAAAAUAUUACAAUGAAUAAAUAUUACAAUACACCACUAAAUAAUAUAAGUACACUCGUAAAAAUUCUGAUACAAAUGAAAAAUAUUUUUAAGUUUAGAGUUUGCACACUACUGCACUCUAUAUGAUGGCGGCCAAGUUUAUUAAAGAAAAGCUAGAAGCGCUCAUAAAAACGUAUUUAAAAAUUAAUAUACACAUAAUACUGAAACAGUGUAAUUAAAAAAAAAUCAACUUGGAAUAAACUUUAUACAAUAUAAAAAUAAUUAAAUCCAGGGAGACUGAGGCCGCGCAAGUGACCUCAGCACGAACUGUGUGUCAACUUAUGGCGUUUACACAUUUCCUGUAAUAAUGUUUCUGCUGACAACCCUUAACUUGUAAUAGAACCUAUAACCUAUACAUUUGUACGUUCUUUGAAUGCCACAAAAAUAUCGUAAUACGACAAUAUGUGAAUCUCUGGCCAAUCAGCAUUGGCGAAGCACGAGACAAUUUACUACAUUUAUUUUAAGCGCCGCUAGAUGCCACUACUGUAAACCAUUUUUUACGCACUUAAAACGUAGGUACAAUCCACACCACCAGGUUUGCUGGCAUCAUAAUGUCUCGCGUAUUAAUUAGUUUCCUAUAUUGUCCCUAUAACAAUAUUUAAUCUCUCUCUCAUCUGUUCUCCCCCCCCCCCCCCCCAUCAACCCUUUUUAUUUCUUCCAAGGAAUAACCCGUGCUGUCUGUAUGUUUAACAUGUCAGUUCGGCUGAUUUGGAUUGCUUUCUUUGUGAUUGUGUAUUCACCUUUGUUGUUCAUUCUUGUGGUUUGUCUAUGCUAUAGAGUGAAAACUAGCAAUGACGUAUGUCCAUGAAUAAAUUUUAAUCAAUAGUU